CUUUGAACAAUUUUUUUAAAAUGGCCGGACUUGAGGGAGCUUUCCUUUGCCUGGGCAACCCACUGCUGGAUGUCUCUGCGGUUGUGGACCAGGCCUUCCUUGAUAAGUAUGAGAUCAAGCUGGCGAACCAAAUCCUCGCAGAGGAAAAGCAUCUGCCUAUGUAUGCGGAGCUGGCCGAGAUGCCCAACGUGGAGUACAUUCCUGGCGGCGCUGGUCAGAAUACCACGCGCGUGUGCCAAUGGAUGCUCCAGGUGCCGCACGCUUGCUCAUACAUGGGCUGCAUCGGCGACGACGAGUUCGGCCGCAAGAUGACUGAAGUCGCUACCAAGGAGGGCGUCAACGUUCGCUACCAGGUGGACGCCAGCACCCCCACCGGCACAUGCGCCACCUGCAUUGUGAGCAGCGAGAGAAGUCUGGUGGCCAACCUGGCUGCGGCGAACAACUUCAAGGUGGACCACCUGCUGCUUCCUGAGAAUCUGGAGUUGCUCCAUAAAUCCCGAGUGGUGUACUGCACCGGGUUUUUCAUUACCGUGUCACCCGCGUCCAUUGAAACGGUCGCCAAGCAUUGCGCGGAGAAUGACAAAAUCUACGCUAUGAACUUGUCGGCUCCAUUUAUCGUCCAAGUGCCGCCCUUCAAGAAAGUCCUCAUGGACGCCAUGCCGUACAUUGACUUUUUGUUCGGCAACGAGAUCGAGGCAGCUGCCCUGGCAGCUUCGGAGGGCUGGGAGGGUUUGCCCCUGGAGCAGGUGGCACUGAAGCUUUCACGGCUCCCCAAGGCCAACGGCUGCCGGCCUAGAGUUGUCGUGUUCACCCAGGGAUGCGACCCUACGUUGGUGGCGGUUGGGGGGAGGGUGUUGAAGUACCCGGUCAUGGUGAUUGCCAAGGACAAGCUGGUGGACACGAACGGGGCGGGCGACGCCUUCGUGGGCGGCUUCAUGUCCCAGCUUGUCUGCGGCAAGGACAUCUCGGAGUGUGUGCGGGCGGGUAACUACGCUGCCAACACCAUCAUCCAGAGGUCAGGAUGCACCUUCCCGCCCAAACCCACGUUCAUCUGGAACUGA